CUAGAUAUUAAUAAGAUUUCUUCGUGAAACCAAUAUCUAAACAUGACAACCACAACACAACAGCAAUAAACACAAGAUCUAUCAAAAUUCCUGUCAUUGAACAUCUAAAAGUUCGAAAAACAUGCCUACACCGGAGAAAUCGAUAGGAGAAUUCAUUAAGGCGCCAAAAAUUAAGAAACACCAGAAGAAAAAAACAAAUGCGAAUGAAAUUAACAUAAUACACGAAUCGUCAUCGGACAGUAGUGACCAUGGGACGGUUCUUUAUGGUCACAUAUCACAGGAGCAUGCUAGACCGAGGAUCAGACUCCCGGCAGUCAGUGUCAGUCAGGUGUCAGCCUUCGACCUUGGGAAUAGAUCCAGUACGUCAUUGGCUUCUUCAGUUAUAAGAUUCCGAAACGAUUUUGAACAAUUAAAAUGCAAGAUGAAGAUAUUUGGUGAGACUCUGAACCUGUGCCGUUGCCUCGCUGGAGACUUUAAAAAGAAACUUGUGCACAUGGAGAAGCGGCUGGAAAGCUUGGAGAAGAGACAGCACUUGACACGGACACCAAGCAACUACUCAGCUAUAAUUCAGAAGAACAGAAUGCUUUCUUUUCGGACUUUAAAAGACGCAAAGGUAUCCAAUUUUAUUCCCUUUUUUUUGCUGGAUUGA